UUUGCCUCUUCAAUUCACAGUCAAUCUCUCUCUAGCUCGCUUACCUUUUCCAGCUCCAUCUGAGCCCCACCCCACCUCGAAUCAGCAGUCCUUCCACCCCCCGACAAAUAGAGGAAAGUUCGGUUCUCAAUCUCGCCAUAGAACGAGAGUGAGAGAGAGUGGGGAAGGAGGGAGGGAGAAAGGUCUCUGAUUGAUUGCGUACAUGGAUGCUUCCGUGUGGAGCUACCCCUGAUUUGACCCAACUCGCUCCUUCCCCAUUUGCUCAAUCGACGGAUCGGUGUGGAACUGUUCCUCGAUUGAUGGGCAGCACGACCUGUCUCUGAUUCUUGACUGGUAGCGGGUAGCCUCGAUUGGUUUGUAGUGUGGAGAAGGUGAGAUGGCGAUUCUUUAUGCGCUGGUGGCGAGGGGAUCGGUGGUGCUGGCGGAGUUCAGCGCGACGGCGACCAACGCCAGUGUUAUCGCCCGGCAGAUACUGGAGAAGCUGCCUGGCAACCACGACAGCCAUGUCUCGUACUCUCAGGACCGCUACAUCUUUCACGUCAAGCGCACCGAUGGCCUUACCGUCCUCUGUAUGGCCGACGAUACCGCCGGCAGGAGAAUUCCAUUUGCCUUUCUCGAAGAUAUUCACCAGAGAUUUGUCAGGACUUACGGCCGGGCAGUACUCUCAGCUCAGGCAUAUGCCAUGAAUGAUGAAUUUUCGAGGGUUCUCAGCCAACAGAUGGAAUACUACUCGAACGACCCAAAUGCGGAUAGAAUAAAUCGGCUAAAAGGUGAAAUGAGUCAGGUGCGAAAUGUCAUGAUAGAGAAUAUCGACAAAGUUCUAGAGAGAGGUGACCGCUUGGAGUUGCUUGUUGACAAAACUGCUAAUAUGCAAGGAAACACUUUUCGAUUCCGAAAGCAGGCUCGCCGUUUCAGAAGCACUGUGUGGUGGAGAAAUGUCAAACUAACGGUUGCGUUGAUCGUUAUCCUAUUAGUCAUCGUCUAUAUAAUACUGGCUGUUGUCUGCCAUGGGAUCACUCUACCUACCUGCAUAAAGUGAGAGUUGAGAGGAAGUGCGUGAGAUUUGCGAUUUCCAUUCUCUGUUGGCACAUUGUUUCUGUCUUAUUCAUUCUUUUCUUGGUCUGAAUCAGAUGGUGACUUGUUUGAGACGUCCGGAAGUCUAUGUCUCGUUCCGGGUCGGAAAUUGCAAUGCUACCUUUGUGGCACUCUCUGUAUGUGUUUUUUUCGCGGGGGUGACAAUGAUCAGUUGGGGUCAAACAUUUUGUUGACAGUGUAUUGUUUGAUGAAUUGGCUUGUAUCGAGAACUGUUUUUCCGGUGUGAAAAAAAUUUGCUUGCCGCGGUUCCUGUCCUUAACUCUA